CUCAACCCAAAUUCUCAUAGUCUUCAUUUCAAUAUGUCUACCUCCACGCAAAACACAACACCAAUCAGCAGCGUGGGAGAUGAUGUUAAUAAGGGGAAAGAGGACAACGAUCCUCAGACGAUAUUCUACCUAAACCGUAUCUUAGCGGCCUCAUCGCAGCAAGCCAUUGACACCCCCUUAGAGGAUAUAUGGACCACUCUCUACUUUUGGGCGCCCAGAAUUGAGCAAACAGUCCAACAGCAACUUGGCAAUGAUGAUAUUCACGAACACCAUAGCCUCAAAGCAAGCUGGGAGCGAGCUGCUUACCGUGUCAGACUCGUUGACCACCUCGCGAGGACUACUCCUUGGCUGAUGAUGGUUCGUGACAACUCGGCGGCCCCCUCGGAUGAAAAGCUGAUCGGCGAAUACCAUCAUGACAAAAUGAUCUACCAACAUGCCGUCUCCGAUUAUCUCCAAGUGAAUCUCCCCGCGGAUGUUCCAGUGGAGAAACUGCAAAUCAUUGAGAGAUACAUUACGGAAACGAUUGUGCUCGGCCAAGAUAUAACAGACAAAGACCUUCGCUUCGCUCUGGUCUACCCACUGAUGAUCGAAACUGGCAUUUCCCUGCAGUCAGGGGUUCGUGUGAUAACCUUUACUUUCACAACCAAGCACCCUGAUGAGUCUACUAAGGUGGUGUCGAUUUCCAAGACUAUAUAUGAAGCAAGAAUCAAUAAAAGGCUCUUUGAUGGACAGACGUUCGACCAGGAGUAUUUGGCAUUGGGGAAGGGUCUUGUGGCAGAUGCCACCUUUGAUUUCUUUGCUUAAAGGCAACCAAAGUGUCUAUCCUACACGAAUGUCGCUUAGAUUAUAGCACUUGAACACAAUUUCUUACAUUUGUACC